AUGCUGCAUGUGCGCACGGCCUCUGGGGAGGAGGUGGCUGCUCUCUCCGGAGAUAACUUUCAGACAGUGCUGGACUUGAAGCGCCACCUACGUACGCUGCACGGCUAUCCGGUGUCCUUGCAAAAGCUGGUGUUCGAUGGGAGAUUGCUGGACGAUGAUGACGUGGCUGUGCCAGAAGUGGGAGAGAUGCAACUCAUACUCCUGGCCGAAGUAAGCGAGGAAGUGGACUCGGAUGCAUGGCACACCGCCGGACAUGAGCUGGUGGCCUAUGCUGGCCGUUUUGGCCAUCUGGAGUCAGCCCGGUUUCUCCUACAGGCAGGAGUAGACAAAGACUACUACUGUGACUUCGAAGAUGCGGCGGCCCUUACCGUGGCAGCACGUCAUGGACACACUGAGAUGGUCCGCCUGCUUGCAGAUGCAGGCUCAAGCUUUAAGGAAGCCGGUCUCUUGGCCGCAGCCACAGGCGGCCACCCCGAGAUUGUGCGCUUCUUGUUGGAUGCUGAUGCUUGUGAGGACGAUAUAGCUCUUACAAGGCACGCCCUCCAGGUUGCGGUGUACUUCGGCCACGCUGAAGUGGUGCCCUUGCUGGUCGAAGCUGGUGCUAAGCAAGAUUGGCAGGAUUGUCAAGGCAGAACGGCUCUAAUGCAUGCAGUAGCUAGCGGCCACACUGAGAUAGCACGUUGCCUGGUGGAUACUGGUGCUAACAAGGACCUGCGGAAUAGUGCAGGUGUGACAGCUCUCAUGCUUGCAGCGGUUUACGGACACACAGAGAUUGCCCGGCUGCUGGUGGAAGCUGGCGCUGACACGGAGGUGGUCGAUAGUCAGGGCAGGACAGCUCUCGAGCACGCAAGACUCCGAAAACGCAGAAGCCAUGCCAAGAUUGCGGCCUUCCUCCAAGAAGUGACUCCCAGUGCGUCAGGCACGAAAGCAAAGCGACCCCGCCUUUCGCCACGACUGUAG